AUGCCACCAAAACAAGCACAGCAGAAAUCAAAACCAAACGCCGCAAAUCCACCAAGCCAGAAUAUGGCUAACAACAGCGCCGGUGGCCAACAAGGUGGCAUUCCAGACCAUGAGAUCAAACAGAACGCCGGCGUAUCAGCGAGCAUGGCGCUCCAGGCGGGUCAGAAGGCGUGGGAGUUGAGGCAAGCUGCGCAUGGAGCGGGCGACGCAAAGGCAAGAGAAGAGAUUUUGGCGAAAGCAAUCAAUAAGGAGAUCGAGGCAGAGUCUUUUGGAAAAGCGGCGAAGUACACGCAGUCGGGCGCUUUCCAGGGUCUUGCAGCUGGUGCCGGAUUGGGAGUGCAGCCGGGUGUCACCAUCGGAAAAUUGACUGGUGCCCUGGUUGGUGGCACAAUAUCUACAGUGACAGGACUGCUUGGAGGUGGCAUCGGGUCCGUUUACGGGGCGAUGAACGGUCCCAUGUGGGACCUUGGUGAGAUGGCAAGUCAAGGUGUUCAGGGAGUCGUCGGAGACUUCCUUCCGGACAUCAAGUCAACUCCAUCGCAGAAGAAGGCUUUGGAGAAGAUGAUCAUGCAAACAAAGGAAACCCGAGCGCCAUCCAAAGAGGAGCUGGAGCAAAUGAAGAACGACGCACCAGACCAGAUGCCGCAGUCUUGGUCUCAGUCGGCCAAAGAUAUGACAGCCUGGAGGCCGAGCAUGCCGAGCAUACCAUCAGCUAAGGGUAUGGGGGGUGCAUUGGGACUGGGUGGAAUAGGUGCCGCGAUGAAUCCAUGGGGAGGACAGAGUCAACAGCAACAACAGCCGCAGCAGCAGAGCUCAUCACAACCGAAGCAACAGCCUCAAAAGCAGGCUCAACAGGCUCCGAGUCAGCCCAAACAAUCGACCCAGCCUCAGAAAAAUUCUCAAACAAAGCCACAACAACCAAAGACAAACAACCCACAACUGCCGAAGCAAGAGAAACCACCAUCCGGUGAACCACCAAAGGAAGCACCCAAACCUCGUUCUCAGCGGCCGCCUACCACCCGAGGGCCUGCUAAUCCCCAAUCGUCUCAGCAGAAUCAGGCACCGAGUGCACAACAGACCACAAGUCAGUCAAAGACCUCGUCACAGAAAUCGAACUCAACGAGCAAGCCCGCCAAUAGCUCCAGUCAACCAAAGCGUGUGUCCUUAAGCGAUAAUAAAGAAAACAAUGUCCCAGCCACUACCUCAAAAGAAAAAAGAAAGCCGAGAAAGUUGGGUCAGCAGGGGAGUAACACACAGAAGAGUGGUGGUGCAAGUCAACCAUCUGCUCCGAAGAAGGCACCGCGCAAGUUAGAACCAAGGAAGCCUGCUGCAUAG